AUGCGGACCACGCCCGUUCCGGAGCAGACGGAACCCGCGGCCGAAGACCUCCCGAAGCAGGAAAGCAUGGCGUCCGACUGCACCAGCUUCUGGCUCGUCUCGAGUGCCGACACGUGCAGCUCCAUCGCCUCCCAGGGCGACAUCACCCUGGCCGACUUCAAGGCCUGGAACCCGGCCGCCGAGGAUGCGUGCGACUGUCUCGAGCCCGACUUUUACGUCUGCGUUGGGUGGGGGGCCGGCACCAACACCGGCAAGUCGUCAUCGGCCACCGUGCCGAGCACCACCACAACCAGCGGGGCCGUGGCGACGCCCACGCCAAUCCAGGACGGCAUGGUGAGCGGGCGUAAUGAGAUGUUUGUUAUUAGUUAG